UUCAGUCCCGUUUCCAUUUCUAUACCUAUCAGGUGUUUCUAACCUUAGCUAUUGCGAAAACCUCGGAUUUCAGUGAUCGCUUUACUUUAAGUGCCAUUAAACAAGCUACAUGAACACAGGGGAGGCAUUUGGAAGAGCAUAUAAUUCUGAAACAGUUAAACCUACGUUAAAAGAUAAGGUGGGGGAAAUGAAACCCAAGAUCAGGUGAGCAACAAGCUGCAGUUUGCCCCCCAAGUAUCAUGGAAGAAGGGUUCACUUCUACUACCAGGGGGCAUCUGCCACAGACGGGGAAGACGUUGCGCAGCCGAGGGCUGCUUGUUCGAGAGGCUAGCCCUUCGGGUAAGAAAGGACUGAACUCCCAAUUGCACUGAGCUUUUACAGUGAACCUAAAGCUUUUACAGUGGAUGAGCAACAGAUCGGAAAGGUGCAACGGAUAAAGAAACGACUAGGACAGAAUAAAAUACCAGCACCCAUGAAUAUUGUGGGGCUACUGGGCUCUGCGAAAAGGACUGGAGAAAAGAUAGCUCCACAGCAGGACCCUUUCCAGGGCCAUCUGAGAAAAGUCGUGGAAUGAACACGACAGUCUGAAAAAAACCUGGAUUGCUUUGUAAACAACAGAAGUAACAGACGACCACCUGUUUGACAUUCUCACAUUCAGCCGUGAUUUCCAAAGGACUCCGUAAACGAUGGUAGUGGGAGGCAGCUUCUGUUUCUUCUGAUGCCUGGCUGCAGCCGAAACUCGAUUCCCCUCUGAGAGGGACUGUCUAGAAAGGAAGUCACCCCCUCCCAGCCCGAGCCAGAUCUGGAAGGGUGUUUAGAGGACAACCCGAGCGUCUUAAUCUAUGAUCAGCUCCGUGUGCGUCUCAUCCUACCGCGGGCGCAAGUCGGGUAACAAGCCGCCUUCUAAAACAUGUCUGAAGGAGGAGAUGGCCAAGGGAGAGGACUCGGACAAAGUGGUCAUCAACGUGGGGGGUACCCGGCAUGAAACCUAUCGUAGCACCCUGAGGACUCUACCUGGCACCCGGUUGGCAUGGCUUGCCGAACCUACCGGGGGCCACUCAGACCUGGACCCCGGCUGCAACGAAUUUUUCUUCGAUCGCCAUCCUGGCAUCUUUGCCUACGUGCUUAAUUACUAUCGCACUGGCAAGCUACACUGUCCUGCGGACGUUUGUGGGCCACUCUUCGAAGAAGAGCUCGCCUUUUGGGGCAUAGAUGAGACAGAUGUAGAGCCCUGCUGCUGGAUGAACUACCGACAGCACCGCGAUGCAGAAGAAGCUCUUGAUACAUUUGAGGUACCCGAUGGGCGUGAGAGUGGUGAGCAGGACGAACGCGGCGAUGAGGAUGACCUUCCCCGCCGACUGGCUAUAGCCGAGGGCCCCGAGCGAUCUCGAUGCUCCUGGAAGCUGUGGCAACCCAAGAUAUGGGCGCUUUUUGAGGACCCUUACUCAUCUAGAGCUGCUCGGAUCAUUGCAUUUGCCUCACUCUUUUUCAUCCUGGUCUCCAUCACCACCUUUUGCCUGGAGACACAUGAAGCAUUCACUCACAUCAACAACAUCAGUGAGAUUGUAACCAGUGGGAACAUCACAGAAGUUAAAGUAUAUCAACAAGUGGAAACAGCUGCUGUUUUAAUGUAUGUUGAGGGAGUGUGUGUACUUUGGUUCACUUUCGAGUUCCUAGUCCGGUUUAUCUGCUGCCCUGAUCAGCUAAUCUUUAUUAAAAACCUCCUCAACAUCAUUGACUUUGUUGCUAUUUUGCCAUUUUACUUGGAAGUUGCACUCAGAGGUUUGUCUUCCAAAGCAGCAAAAGAUGUGUUGGGCUUCCUCAGAGUGGUGAGGUUUGUCAGAAUUUUGAGGAUCUUUAAACUGACUCGUCACUUUGUUGGCCUGCGGGUCCUAGGACACACCCUGAGGGCAAGUACAAAUGAGUUUUUGUUGUUAAUCAUUUUUUUGGCACUAGGCAUUCUUAUUUUUGCCACCAUGAUAUACUAUGCAGAACGGAUAGGUGCAAACCCCAGUGAUCCAAGCAGCAGUAAUCACACGCACUUUAAAAACAUCCCUAUUAGCUUUUGGUGGGCAGUGGUUACCAUGACAACCUUGGGUUAUGGUGACAUGUAUCCCAAAACUUGGACUGGAAUGAUAGUGGGGGCUUUGUGUGCUAUUGCAGGUGUGCUAACACUAGCCAUGCCUGUACCAGUUAUUGUCAACAAUUUUGGAAUGUACUACUCACUAGCAAUGGCAAAGCAGAAGUUACCAAAGAAAAAAAAGAAACAUAUCCCACGAGCAACACAACCGGACACUUCAUCAGGAGGUAAAUCAGAGCCUAACUCCCCUCAAAACAGCACCCAGAGUGACACCUGUCCAUUGGCCAAUGAGGAGCUACUGGACAGGAGAAGAUCAGAUUCCAAACAGAAUGGAGACGCAAGUGCUGUUCUGUCAGACCAAGAAUAUGAAGGACUUAGCCAGACUUUACCACAUGAUGAGAAGAGGCCUAUGAGAAGAUCCAGCAGCAGGGAUAAGAGCAGGAAGGGUGCAUCCUGCUUCUUACUAGGUGCUGCAGAUUUCCCUUGCACAGCAGAUGGUGGCAUUAGAAAAGAUAACUGCAAAGAGGCCCUCACAUCUAAUUACUCUCCAGCGGAGGUUCUCACACUGUCUUAAGAGAUUCAACUCAUGGCUCACCAGGCAAUCCUGAAAGUGGCACAUACAGCGAGCAAACAAGAACUGAAAGAAAAUGAAUGUGGAACUCAACUGUACGCACCGAGAAUCAACCUUGAAUUCAUAAAAUAACCUGAUUCUUUCUGUUGGACUAUAAUAUAGCUGGUGGGAAAGUCCAAAAAUAGACCUGUUGGUCAGAAAUCCUGAUGCAUUAUAUUGUACAUAGACUGUAUUCAUAUCCAUUAUUGUAUAAUGCAGGAAGAUAUCAUGUCUCUGUAUAAAUAUGUAUUAUGACAAGCAUAUAGGUCUGUUUAUUUUGCUAAUAUAUAUGUAAAAGUAAAAGUUAACAUCUUAUGAGACAUUACUUCAGUCAUAUUCGGCAACAAUAUUUAAACCUCUCCAUUCUGCUGUACUAUUUGAUAUUUACUAUGCUGGAUAUAUUAUUACCAGAUGUACUUCACCAAGUGAGUGGUGGUCCAUAUGUACUGUAUCCAUACGCAAGACCACUGCAUCACUAAAGUUGGUGGUCAUCGUCUUUAUCACUAUUAUACAUGAAUGUCCUUAGGUAGGGUGAGGCAGACAACCUGUGUAUGUACCAAUGUAAUAUACAAUGUUUUAAAUGUGAAUUUCUUUAUUAAGUGAUUUAAUACUUUGAUGUUAUCAGUGUUAAUCAUACAGGGUCCCCCCAAAAGAUAUGUACCUGUUAUGGACUCCAAGACAGAAAAUAAAAGGGGGUUGUGAAACAGACACAGUCCACUAGUAAGCUGCUUAUGACUGAAUGGAUUUUCCUAUGAUAUAUGCAUAAGAUGGAGGCAGCUGUUAUGCUAGGAUGUCAGGUUAUGGGAAUGAAUGUAAAAAGUACAUUUCCGGUGUCAUUCUAGAGCAGCAAUCAUUUAUAUUAACUCAUUGUUUAUUAUGUCUUCCUUCUCUUUUGGUGGUAAUCUUUCAGACAAUGACUCGGAAAAUGUUUUAUUCAUUUUUUGCACUAUCAGUAAACUUGAAGUCUUGUCCUAAACCUGUUUUUAUUUCUGUCUACUGAUUGGCUGUAAGAUGCAAGUCUGUGUGUUUUAGCACUUGUGAUUCUGUCUGUUUUAUGCAUGCCUCUCUCUCUGCAGGACUAAAACCCUAAUAAAGAGAUGUGGCUGGUA